AUGUCUCGUCACCAGUUGGAUCUGGUAAUGUGCAUGAAACAGCCAGGGACCCAUAUAGGUCUUCUGUGCGACAAAUGUGAUGGCAAAUGCCCCAUAUGUGAUUCAUAUGAAAGACAGAAGAGAAAAGUAAGAAUAUGUGAGCAAUGUUCGUUUGGAAAAAGUGGGACUAGUUGUAUAAUAUGUGGAUCAAUAGGUGUGUCGGAAGCUUUCUAUUGCUGGGAGUGUUGUCGCUUAGAAAAGAAUCGCGAUGGUUGUCCCAGAAUUAUAAAUGUUGGUAGUAAUAAAACUGAUAAGCAUUUUGAGAAGAAAUCCGUGGGCUACAAGUAA